AUGCCACAAAUCAUCCAUGACUUCAUCCAGCCCUGGCCUAUUUCCAUAUUAGGUACCUUAGGCUGCGGCUACACCCAUCCAUCAUCGUCAGCUUCUGUUGGCUGCAUACCCUACAGUUCCCAGGUCCCGCGCCCAACUCAAUGUAUUUACGUUUUACGUGCAGGCUGUCUGGCCUCGGCCGUCGCAAGGCGUACAUCAUCAUCACCAACAUCACAACCUUAA